AUGUCAGCCUCGACUUCAGAUCUCUUCGAUAGCGCCUAUCAAAUUCCUCAGAACGCGAGUCGAGCAAGAAUCAAUAUGUCUUUUCAGUUAUCCGAAGUAAAGAGAGAGGCAGAAUUCAAGGACCUCGUCAAAACCGAGUACUUGGCAUACCAGAAGCCGUACAACGCUUUCUGGGAAGUGCUUAAGGGGCCCAACGUCGAGGAAUGUACUCAGCGCCAAUGGUGUAUGUGUUUCCUGUACAUUUCUUCGCAUUUGCACUGUUGAUACACUCUCUUCCCCUCUUUUCUAAUGUCCCCUCUUUAUAACUUCGAAACGUUUAUUUUAUAUGAAAAUGCUUACUGUCAAUAGCUUGGCAUACUGGGACAGAAGGAAGUCACUGGCUAAAAGUGACUGAAAAUGAAAAUGUCAUUGGUGGAGCAGAGUGGAUCGUCCACGAGAAGGAUCCUUUUGAAACCCCUCAGCCUAUCAUCAAGGCAGAUUGGUGGCCUGAAGGUCUUGGCCCAUCCAAAAGGACACUUAGAUUUGUUACUGACUCUAAACAGGGCCUCUCAAAAGUGUAUCCAACCAUAUGCUUUAUACAUUUUUCUCCGGUCGACCGUCCGUCAUGAACCGGCCACACUUACGUAAGUACCAAUACUCGUCUGCCUUCACUCUACCAUACUUUAUGCUUACCACCCUACUGUUCUCAACAUUUGUUUCGUUCAUUCAGAUUAUCGUCGGCGUGGAGUAGGCCGUCUAAUGAUGGAGUGGGGCUGCAAACUUGCCGACGAAAUGGGACUACAAUGUUUUGUAGAGUCCACAGACGAUGGUCGCGAGCUGUAUAAAUCUGCUGGGUUCGUGGCGGUUCAUCCCUUUUUUCUUGAUGCGCAGCCUUCAAACGAGCAAGAGGGCGAUAACCCCGAAUGGUUGAAAGUAAAGGACAAGAUCACCCCCGAACCAUAUCGUGUGUGGCUAAUGUGGAGACCUGAAGGAGGCAUUUUCAAAGAUGGCAAAAUUGGAUUUCCAUGGGAAGGAUGA